AUGAUCAUCGGACGUGUGGAUGGCACACCCCAUCUAAAUAGGAUCUCGUUUUUCACGAGAGAUGUGGACCAGCUGCCGGCGAACCCCGUCCUUAGUAUUAUGCAUUUCACUUUCCAGUCCGGAGUCGACAUCGCAGAUCAAUCGCAUCUAGCAUCUAUACCCUGGAGAAAGUCGUUGAAGUACGUCUCAACAAUUCCAGGAUUCCAAGGGCUGUAUUGGGCUCCAGUGGAUCAACCUUCGUCAUGCCAGCAAAUAAUCGUUUUGAUCCAGUGGGAUAGUGGUCGUGGCUGGAGAUGUUUUCAACGCUCUUUAGGCUUCAGUAUGAUGCUUGGUUACAUUGAAAACAUUUCUAAUCGAUGCAUUCAGCUUGCUCUUCCUGUCGACAGCUUAUUCACAUCUCAGAGUUGUCUUGAGCUUGUAUCCUUUCAGUUCUCCGAGGCGCCGUCUACGGAUCAGAUUGCUGGGUUGAGGUCCAAAUGGAACGAUAUAUUCUCCUCAUAUCUCAGCAAUGCUUUAGUCGAGUCCAGGCUGAUUCAUUUUUGUGGAGAGUGGCUUGAAGUGGACAAAGAUUCCGAAGAUCGGUUUUUUGUUGGUUUGCUCUUCUGGAAACAUUGUCAGGCAAAUAACAACCAGGAUCGAAUUCAGCCAAGUGAUCCUCAGAAUCUCGAAAAGAAUAUCGAGGAGAUUCGAAAAGAUGCAACAAACGUGGUAUCAGCUUCCACCACUCCACUGAAUCAUAUACCUUUCAAAAUCUCUACUCUUCAAUCAUUAGGUCGUCAACCACUAUCUGUGCCAGAAAUAGAGCAUCCACUUUUUCAAACGCCUACAGAGCCUGAGUACAAUCUGGAUGAAUUUGUGUUAUCAAGUGGUCAGGACCGGCUUCAUGUGGAAUCUAUGAUAGAAGCGAGACGAGGGGAGCGUAUUGCCGGUGGACCCGCUGGUACGUGGCUUGAGAUGGGAUUGCUUUCUCAGCAUCAUUUACCGCAAAGGCUAGAGUAUAAUGCGAGCCCUAAUAUGGAAAUGAUAUCUUUUCGCGCCCCAAUCGGGGAUCCACAGGUCGAAAGUUCAUUUGAGCAUCUUCGAAAGGAACUCUGGGGCUUGGGAAACUGUCCUGAUCUAUUCUGGGGUAGAGACAAAGAAAUGGAAGAUGGACAGAGCAAUACAAACCUACUGUUUAUACAGAUCGAAGAAUCAAAAUAUCCAAGGCCAGAAUUUCAAGCACGAGUCCAAAAGUCCUUUCAAAGCUUCGCAGAUAGGUGUGGUAAGGCUUUACAGGACAUAUCUUACAGAAGUAUCGUUAGUCCAAUUCGAUGGGGUGUUCAUCAGAAUAUGGACAUUACCAUUUUUGAUGUCUCAAAAAAUGAGUGGGACCAGCGAUCAUUUGAAAUUGCUUUUUCUAAUUUCCGGGAGUAUGUUGACAACUUCUCAUUGCAGACGGAAAGAACCACGGCUCAACAUCAAAUUCAACGACAGCCUUAUGGACCUUAUAACGCUUUCAUGCCGAAAGGUCAAGGAUGGGUCGUUCGCCAUCAAGAUUCUUCAUUUGACAUCCACGAACCCGAGACAGUGCGACAAUUUAUGUCCUAUUUCAACUGCGAGAAGGAAGAAGGUGCUCGAAAAGAGUGGUACGGCGACUUUGCUCAACGAGCCCAGACCGAAUAUGAACUCUUAGGUCAUAUUGUGGAUUUUAUGGAAAAAGAAGAUGACUGGAUGAUUGCGGACAAGUUGAAAAGGGAGGAGGAAAAAGCCAACAAGCCGCCUUCGCCAGCGCCUAAGUCUAUCUUCGAUCUUUCAUGGGCAAAACCGCCGAAGAAGCCUGACAUAUCAUUUCACGUCAGAUAA